CAUCACAAGGGCGUUGUGUGCUCGAGGCUAAUGUCGCACACACAUUUACCUCGCUUUGCUGCAUUCACGAAGGGUCAACUGCUACUGUGGACCAAUCGCAGUAAAACAAAGACUUUCCACCAGUCUCUUACCGCAUACGACUGGCUUGUGAGGAUGGCUAUAAGUCACAUGUGUGGUCUAUGCUCAAUCUCAUCAGACAGACUGUCUGGUCCGUGUGGACGCGAAACCGCUGCGUAAGACGAGGGCGCCGGAUGUCCAUAGAAACCAAUGGCCAUCAACACACCACAUGCUCUCCGUCUAAGGUGCUGGAAGAAGAUGAAUCGUGUCGCAAAACAAGCGCUAUCCCAACGGCAAUGAUGUUUCGGGUCGCAGAUGGUGGGACAUGCGCAACGAACAUGGACUGGCUGCCUUGUCGUCUGUCGGUACGCAACACUGCUGCUACUCAUGGAAAGAAGAACGGGUCCGAUAUGGUAGCAGAGUAGGAGCCCGAAAGGAAGUGGAUGAAUUCAAUCUCGGAGAAGAAAGGUGAUGUGAUCGAACUCCGGCGUCUGCUCCGCUUCGCCGCCGUCAUCCCCACCCAUACCAUGUA